UUGACUGUGACAUUUACUGAUUUACUUGGGCUUGCUUUGCUGAUGUCGGGCCUGAUUAAAUUUACGAUAAUAUAAAUAAGGCUUCCAGUUUUAGUGAUUCGACCCUGCUUAAAAAUGACAAAAUAAGUAUAUAUUAAGUUAUAAAAAACAAAAAUGGAAGAUUCUACUGCACCAAUUAGCGAUAACAUCCACAAUGAUGAUAUCGAAUGGCAACCACUGGCUCUUACCCUUGUGGAAUACCCAAAAGGUGAUUGGAUUGGAAAAUUCUUUGCUUUUAUAAGUCUAUCCCCAUUUGGAAUUGGAGCUGGUUUUGUAGCACUCAUAUUAUUUCGGAGAGACCUUCAUACUAUUGCAUUUUUUUGUGGUACACUAAUAAAUGAAGCGCUAAAUAUUGUACUUAAACACUCCAUAUGUGAAGCAAGACCACUAGCAAGAGGGCAUUUGUAUAAUGAGUAUGGGAUGCCUUCAUCUCAUGCACAGUUUGUGUGGUUUUUCAGUGUAUAUGUAUUGUAUUUUGUUGUAAUUAGGUUACACCAUAUAAAUAAUAACAGCAUCAUAUCUGCACUAUGGAGAGUUAUUAUUGUAGGUGGUUGUAUGAUUCUGGCUCUGCUCGUGUGCAUAGGAAGAGUAUAUCUUCACUAUCACACUACUCUUCAAGUGUUCGUGGGGGCCCUUGUUGGCUGCCUAUUUGCUACUAUUUGGUUUGCCCUAGUACACCGAAUAUUCACGCCAUUGUUCCCACAAUUAGUAUCUUUAAAAUUUUGUGAAAUGUUGAUGAUCAGAGAUACAACAUUGAUACCAAAUGUCUUGUGGUUUGAAUACACUACAUCCAGACAAGAAGCAAGAACUCGUGGACGCAAGUUGGCAGCUCUGAAACCGACCCAAUGACGGUACGCUUGCAUCCGCGUCCCCACGGUGGUGCUUAAGCCCCGUACGUGACGUCUGAUUGCCACCUCAGUGGUCACACUGCUAGGUGGCAUGUUGUUAAUGAAGACGGAAUUUGUUCCCUCACUAUUUCCAUAAUGACUAAGAAUACUUUACUGUAGCCUUUAAGAUUGCACAUAAAGAUUGUAUAAAGUUCUCUAGAUUUUCAUGUCCUGAUGUAUAUAUUUAUGCAAUAAUAGACUUGUGAGACAUUCUAGUAAUUUAGUGUCAAUGUUAAAAGUGAAUAUGAGUAAUUUAUCAAGCUAUAGUAUUUAACAACAAGUUGUU